CUAAACCAUCAUCCUCUUUUAUCACCCUAAACUUUAUCUUAUCAUUCAUAUAUUGUUUUUGAGAGGAAAUAUGAAGUCUUUUUUCCUUGUCCUCUCCUUCUUUGCCUUGGUGGCUUCUUUUGCCUUGGCAUCUGAUCCUAGUCCCCUCCAAGAUUUUUGUGUUGCAGAUAAUGCAAGCAAAGUGUUCGUUAAUGGCAAGGUGUGCAAGGAUCCAAAGUUGGCACAAGCAAAUGACUUCUUUUUCUGCGGGCUCAACAAGCCCGGCAACACGGCCAACCCACUGGGCUCAAGGGUAACCCCCGUGAAUGUGGCCCAAAUACCUGGCCUCAACACUCUCGGCAUCUCGUUGGUCCGCAUAGACUAUGCUCGUGGCGGCCAAAACCCUCCCCACACCCACCCUCGUGCCACCGAGAUACUAACUGUCCUAGAAGGCUCCCUUUACGUCGGUUUUGUGACUAGUAACCCUGACAACCGCUUGAUCACCAAGACAAUUCAAAAGGGAGACGUGUUUGUUUUCCCUGAAGGCCUCAUUCAUUUCCAGCAAAAUGUUGGCUCUAAGAAUGCAGUGGCUAUAGCGGCCUUGAGCAGCCAGAAUCCGGGUGUGAUCACUAUUGCCAACGCCGUUUUCGGAUCAAAACCAGCCAUCUCCAAUGAUGUCUUGGCUAAGGCUUUCCAAGUUGACAAGAAGGUGGUGAACCGGCUCCAAUCCCAGUUCUGGAUGGACAACAACUAGGAAUUCAUUGUGCCCCCAAUUCAAAACUAUUUGUGAUUGAAUAACAUGAUUUGAAUGAUUGUCUUUGAAUAAGAUUCUUUGAAUAUAUUUCUUUGAUUAAGAUGAAUUAAAUAAAGCGGAAUUUUUCCUCAAA